UAAAUUUCUUUGUUAUUUAUCCUAGUAGUCUGCAUUUGAUUUAUUUAAUCUAAUAAUCACAAAAUGGGUCUUUUGGAGUUGUGUGAAAAAUACUUCCAAACCAAAAAUCUAUACGAAGUUCUUGAAAUCACUGAAAAAGCUACGGAUAAAGAAGUUAAAAAAGCGUAUCACAAGUUAUCUCUCAAAGUGCACCCGGAUCGUGUUGAUGAAAAAGAUAAGUUAGAAGCCACUGAGAAAUUCAAGGUCCUUGGAGGUGUUCAUGCAAUCCUCAGCGACUCGAACAAGAGAGCCACCUACGACGAGACGAAAUGCGUUGACGACGAUGAUGAUGUAGUAGUUGACCGCGACUGGACAGUAUAUUGGAGACUGUUGUUCAAAAAAAUAACAGAUGACGACAUUAUUGCCUAUGAAAAGGAAUACAUUGGAUCUGGAGAGGAACGCAAUGAUCUCAAAGUAGCUUAUUUAGCGGGUAAAGGUGACAUGGACUAUAUUGUUGAUCAAGUGCAGUUUGCCAGGAGCGAGCAUGAAGACAGACUUAAGGGCAUCUUGAGAGAUUUGAUUGCCAAAGGAGAAAUUCCAGCAUAUAAAAAAUUCACUCAUGAGCCAGAGAAAAAACGCCAAAGGAGGAUUGCGAAAGAAAAUCGAGAAGCAGUGGAGGCCGAGGAAUUGAAAAAAGAAUUGGGAGUUGGUUCAGGUCCCAAUAGUCUGGAACUCAUGAUAAAACAAAAGCAGCAGGCACGGGCGCAACAGAUGGACUCGUUAAUUGAUAGUUUGGCGGCUAAAUAUGGUGGCGGGAAUAAGCCAAAGGCUACGAAGAGGAAGGCCGCCACUAAAACUGAAACUGCUUCAAAGAAUAAGAAAAGAAAAUGAGAUGUAACGGGAUCAGCGUAAGGCCGUUUUUACACACGCGGAGCGUUGCGUUGGUUUUAGGCAGCGCAGGGCGCACUAAAGGGUAUGGCGAUGUGGGAGCAUUUU